AGCUGUGCGCAGUCGCAGUGUUCAACACGUGUUUGUCCUGUCCACAUUGGCCGGGCUCGACAUCGUUUUCUGGUGCGAUAAAACCGUUAAUUAUUCAUCAAAAGUGCCUCAGGGGUGUUCUAGGGUGUCAUGGGGGUGCACGACAGUACAGACUCGAAGUACAACAUCUCAAGUUUCUCAAAACUCACCCCAAAACGCCCGAACACAGUGAAUUUCUUCGAUGGCGGAUCGUCCAACAAAAUCGCAAAACACGAGGCGUCGGUGGGGCAGGCUAAUGGCGUCGGUGAGGGGAGUAAAAGUGGCGGGAAUAUUCAACUGGAGAGAAAGUCACUGCCGGUCUACAAACAUCGAAAAAAAUUACUAGAAGAAAUCCGUAAACACAACAGCCUCAUAAUAAUCGGUGAAACCGGAAGUGGAAAAACCACCCAAAUCCCUCAGCUCCUACUCGCCUCUGGUCUCCUCCCUUCAUACGGGUGCAUUGGAGUGACCCAGCCCCGUCGGGUAGCAGCAGUGAGCAUCGCCCGACGAGUGGCACAAGAACAAGGGGUCCAAUUAGGCAAACAAGUGGGCUACUGCGUUCGCUUCGAGGACGUCAGCACUACCGACACACGAAUAAAGUACCUCACUGAUGGUAUGAUGGUGAGGGAGGCCAUGAGAGAUGAAAAUCUCUCUGACUACGCUAUUAUUAUUCUUGACGAGGCCCACGAGCGUUCGGUACAGACGGAUGUACUCCUGGGGGUGGCACGACGGGCCCAGAAUCUCCGGAAGCUCAAGGGACAGGCGCCGUUGAAGCUCAUUGUCAUGUCGGCGACGAUGGACGCGGAUAAAUUUCGGAAAUAUUUUCAGGCCCCAGUGGUGUACCUGGAGGGCAGACAGUACCCAGUGAGCAUCUAUCAGACAACACGUCAUCAGGAUGACUACACCUUCGCCUCGUUGGUGACGUCCUUUAAGAUCCAUCGAGAGGCACCAGCGAACGAGGACAUUCUCGUCUUCCUGACGGGUCAGGAGGAGAUCGAGGCUGCGGUGAUGACGGCCAGACAAGUCGCCAAACAACUGGAGAAAACAGGGGAACGUUAUCCACCCCUCAAGGUAUUUCCCCUGUACUCAGCCCUACCGACUCAUCAACAACUUGAGGCAUUCAAACCCUCACCCCCGGGGAUGCGAAAACUCGUGUUAUCAACGAACGUCGCUGAGACGUCGGUGACGAUUGGAGGAAUAAGACAUGUAAUCGAUACUGGAGUCGUCAAAGUCCGAACCCAUCAUCCAACGACUGGUCUAGACGUUCUCCGAGUCGAGAAGAUCUCCAGGGCCCAGGCCUGGCAGAGGACUGGUCGUGCUGGUCGCGAAUCCCCAGGAAAAUGCUACAGAACCUACACCAGGAAUGACCUUGACGAAAUGAAGGAAAUGCCGAUACCCGAAAUUCAGAGAUGUUCACUAGCUGGUGUUGCUCUUCAACUAUUGGCUAUUGGAAUUGACAUCACUACCUUUGAUUUCAUGGAUAAACCACCUGGUGAUGCUGUUGAUGGUGCCAUUGGAUGUUUGGAAAAACUUGGUGCUGUCAAGGGUACACCACCACAACUCACUACUAUGGGAAGGACAAUGUCACUUUUUCCACUUGAUCCAAGAUUUACUAAAGUUAUUAUUGCUGCGGUGGAGUACAAGUGCCUUGAUGAAGCUUUAACUGUUGUUGCUGUGCUUUCGGGGGAGUCGGUGUUUACGGAACCACCGGCUAAACGAGAACAGGCGCAGGCUGCGAGGGCUAGAUUCUCCUCCCCCGAAGGCGACCACGUCACCCUCCUCAACGUAUACCGAGGCUACACAACCGCCACCCAGAAAAAGCUCUGGUGUCACGACAAUUUUCUCCACCCCAGGAACUUGGAAUACGCCACCGAGGUGCGCAAACAACUCGCUGGAUUAGCAGAGAGGGCUAAUUUGGAGAGUGGAAGCUGCGGUACCAACACCGAGUCAUUAAGAAAAUCAUUACUCGAGGGCCUCUCCGAUAAUCUCGCUGAACUCCAACGAGACAACACUUACGUUACCCUGAGCACGAGACAACCGGUUGCCAUUCACCCCUCGUCGGCUCUGCACCCCCUGAGACCUCAGCUCGUUCUGUUCACCGAAGUCGUGGCAACAGGAAGAUGUUAUCUCCGGAAUCUCUCCGUCAUCGAGUCGUCGUGGAUUACGACGAAGUGAUUGUUUAACGGGGAUUGUUUACGGAUAUUGUUGAUCGAUGUCGAGGGCGGGGUUUUGGGGCGGAAAAUUGUCGUUUCUGGGGAUUUUUUUGGGGGAAAAUUUUAGUGAAUUGAUGAGGAUGUCGUGCCAUUUUUAAAGGAAUGUUUCAGUUUUUAAAUUGAUUUUUUUGUUUAUAUUAAUUUAAUUUAAUUGACAUUGAUUGAAUCAUGGAAAAGCUCAUUUUUCUUCCAGUAACGGUAUUUAAGUCUUAAUUUGUUAAUUAAAUUCGUUUUAUAUUUUUUUUUUAAAGAAAAUUAUAUUUCACUUUCGUAUUAAGAUCGCGUUUUUAUGCAAAAAAUUCUCGUUUUCUGGGGAUUUUUUAAGUGAAUAAAUUUUUUUUCAAUCGAUAGUUUUUCCAUUUUGAUAAAUAAUUCAAAGAAACGGCUUCGUAUUAAUUUUUUUAUUAAUAAAUAUGUGAAAUAAUAAAUAUAUUCUGAGUGAUGAGGGAGUGAUAGUCUCGGUUUGAGUGAAAUGUAAAUUGUUUAUAUCUUGAUUUUUGUAUACAUUCGAUAUUUUAAUAAUAAAAUUGUUAAAAUAA